AAAAGAUGAAAGUAUUAUGCUUGGAUAAUUGAAUACCAUUUAAAAUGCAAGCUGACCAUUAGAGAAACAUUAAUAUGUGUAGCACACCUUGAGCUCAGUUAAGCCUUUUUAUUUGCAGCUCUUCUUCCUAUCAUGCUUAUUUAUAAGCCAGACCAGAGAGCGCUCACUGCUCAGCUUAUUACAUAAAACCCUUACCAACUGAAGACUUGUAUCCUGAAUUGUUGCUGCUGACAGGCUAAUGCAGCUAUGGUGACUGGACUAUUGUACAAUUGAUGCUUUUCUUACACCAAGAAGAUGCUCAUAUUGCUGUUGCUGGAGAUGGAGAAAGAAAGAAUUAUUAUACCCUGAAAGGAAAUCCAUGUGUUUGUUGUAGUCAUUUGUUAAACACAGGAACAAGUGGAUUCCUCUUCUGUAUCUGCAAUGAAGCUGAAACUGAGUAUGUUAUCUGUCUUUGUUGCUGUGGUUGGCAUAUUAAGUUUCAUAUCAUUAGUUGUUGCUAUUGGAACUGAUUUUUGGUAUAUUAUUGAUGCGUCCAGACUGGAAAAGAUCACCAAUUUCUCUGAUCCAUUAAGUUCCCAUUCAGGACUCUGGAGGAUGUGUAAAUUUAAGAACAAAUGUCUCCCUCUGAUAAAUCCCUUUCGGCUUGGGAACUUAAACUUCACUGAUUCACAGAAACAGCUUUUGAGUAUGCAUGGAACACUAGUGAUUUUACUACCACUUAGCCUAAUCUUGAUGAUAUUUGGAGGAAUGACUGGGUUUGUUAGUAUUCUUGCAAGAGCUUAUCUACUUCUGCUUUUGACCGGAAUGCUUUUCCUGUUUGGCGCACUAGUAACAUUAACGGGAAUCAGCAUCUACAUUGCCUACUCUGCUGCUGCAUUUAAAGAUGCCGUUUGCAUCUUAGGGAACAAAAUUCUGGAAGAUAUUGACAUACAAUUUGGCUGGUCCUUGGCUCUGGCAUGGAUAUCAUUUAUUACAGAGAUUCUCACAGGGAUAGCCUUCCUGGUGGCUGCCAGAGUAACUGGGUUAAAAAGAAGAAGACGGGAGCAGGUUAUAUAAAACAAGUACAGAACCAGAUUACACACUGCGUCAACAAUCUGAAAUAAUUUUGCCACUAGACUGUGGACUAGGUAAACUGCAGUAACUGCAUUUCUCCCAUUCAAACACAUUAACAUUUUACUUUGAAUUGGUUGACAUUUUCUUUUGCAAAAUGUCAUAGAUGCAGUUUUUUUGUGUUGGUGCCUUUGGUGUAGUCUGCUGUUUAUUAUACCUUGUAAAUAAUAAAUGAAAGGAUUAAUUUAAUUAAAAGGGUUCUAUGCUUCUGAAAACGGAAAGCGCCUUUUUAAGUACAUUAAAAGUAAACAAUUCUCAGGAUGGUCACAUAUGGGAAACUUUGGCCACGUAUCUAUAUUUUCUUGUGUGCUCUGAUGUGAUGGAAAAAAAUGUUGUCAAUAAAAGUAAAUAAUUGGC